AUGGGAAAUAUUCGUACUAUUAUCUCAAGAACUCUGCUGUUGGGGCUGAUACGGCCAGUGGUUUCGGAUUGUGAAUGUGGUUAUUCCGUGAAUUCCACCUCGUCCGCCCGACAUGAAGUUUUUACCGACCUGAUUGAAUCAGACUUCCUCUUCAUUCAAAACAUCUCUCUCGAUACUGAUUGGUCAAUCCAAAGAUAUUGGACAUCUUAUGAUCCAAGCUCCGGCUAUUACGGAACAAACUACACUGCUGCCAAUGUAGUCUCCAACCCUCUCAGAAAUGCUACCCUGAGUUCCACCGAAAGUGAACUGGGCGGUGAUGCUGGCUUACAACUAUAUGUUCGCGGGGACAUCCAAUCCAAUGGACUCGUUCCUUGCGGGCAGGUCAAAACUGUUCGAGAUGAUAUUCAAUAUGGCUCGUUCCGCACAUCAAUGAAAUUGACUCCAGUCAAUGGAACCUGCAGUGCCUUUUUCUCCUAUUAUAAUGAUACGCAAGAGAUUGACAUGGAGCUUCUUUCUCGUCAAUACGGACAAUAUACUCUUAACUCGACAACCCCAUUCUCCCCACUCAACCUGGUCUUUCACUCGAUUCAGUCCAUUAUCGAUGGAUAUCAGCUCCCAAAUACAUCUACCUACGGUCGUCCAGUUCUCGCUGUCGACCUGACAAGCGAUUAUCACGAAUACCGCUUUGACUGGACGCCCGAUCGGGUCUCCUUUUACUUCGAUGGUAAUUGGCUCUGGGAUCUCAUAACAGAUGUCCCAUCCUGGAACACUGCUGUCCUCUUCAGUCACUGGAGUAACGGGGCAUCCGGGUGGACUCAGGGUCCACCAGAGGAAGACGCUAUAAUGACAAUCAGCUAUUUCAAGGCAUAUUUCAACAGCAGCGACUCUCAGCGUACUUCGGAUUAUAAUAAUCGGUGCAAGGAACCCUCUGCGCCGAAUGCUAUCUGUGUUAUUCCUAAUGACCCGGGGAAUAACACGUCGUCUUACUUCUUUUCGCAGCACACAAAUAUGACCUCAAAUCAAACUGUUUACACUGGGGAGACAAGCGGUACGGGUAGAAAACCUGAAGCCAUCCAUGCAGUGCCGGUGAUCCCGUCAAUCCCUUCCUGA